AUGCAAAGAGUAGAAAGGCGAAAGUCGCCGUGGGUGCAAAAUGAGCGUCCGGCUAAACGUGUGCAUCCAAGCCAUCAGCACCAAGUGCCAAGUCAUAUGAAUCAAUUAACAUCGUAUGAACUGCUUGAACAACUAGGAAAAGGUACAUUUGGCGUGGUCUACAAGGCAAGGCAGAAGUCUACAGGGAAACUGGUUGCACUAAAGAAGUUCAUAGUGCACGAUAGGAAGGAGGGGUUCCCGAUAACAUCGUUUCGAGAGAUAACGAUAAUGCGAAAGCUUAAACACAACAAUGUUCUCCAGAUUAUCGACAUGGUCCAUGAACGAGGUGGAUUUAAGGAGAAUGAUGGUGUUGAUAUUGACAUUGACAUUGACACGGCGGACCCUUCAGCCUCUGCAUCUUCCCCAUGGGCUAUUUCUAUACAGUCACACCUUACAUAUCGUCAGAUCUCAACGGACUACUUCGAAACCAAUCAAUCAAGAUGA